GGAGCUAUAGGCAUGACUGCUACGUUCUCGGAUCGAGACUUUUCAUAGUCAACGAAUUUUAGAACGACCAGCUCAACGAACGUCACUCGUCAAUAAUGUAAACAAAACUGGUUUGGAAUUUGGAUAUCCUUGUGUUCCUGUUUCUUAUAAUAAUUAUGGUUAUAUAUUAUUUAGCAAUACUCGAGAAUAUAAUUUAAGAUAAUCAUGAUAAUAAUAAUUCAAUAAAUAUCAUACAUUUCUGGCCAAAGGUAGAUUAUAAAUAUUAUCUUUAUUGUUUUAAUAUCCUUGUUUAAAUAAAAAAUUAUUUUUGAUCUGAUUUGGGCUAAGACAAAUCCUAGGUAUAUAAAGCAAUUAAGACAAAAGAUGCCUCGAAGAUACAAUUAUAAUUACACCAGUCCAUUUAAUAUGGACAACAUGGAUCGAAGCAAAGAUAGCAUUCACAGUAUCCCUUUUUGGGUUGGGUUUCUUGUUCUUAUCGGAUUAGGGGGGCUUUUUGGGGUUGUGUAUUUAGUAGAUGGAAUUCUGCCUACAGCUUUAAAUACCAGUGAUGAGACAAAUUACCCAGAUUCAUUCAUUGCUGAGCGGGCGAUUAAUGACCUUCUAUCACUCACUAGUAUAGGCCAAAGAAUAACUGGCAGCUAUGAAAAUGAAUACUUAACAGUUGAAUUUUUAUUAUUAAGAAUAAAUAGCAUUAUUUCUGAAGCUAAUUCACAACAGUACAUUGAACUUGAUCUACAAACUGUUACAGGUGGAUAUUAUCUAAAUGAUGCAGUGGGCUAUAUGAAUGUAUAUGACAAAGUCCAAAAUGUUGUGGUUAAACUUCAUGGUAAAAACAAUGAUACAAAUCACAGCAUAUUUCUUAACUGCCAUUUUGAUGCUGUACCUGUGAGCCCAGGUGGCAGCGACGACGGAAUUAAUGUAGUUAUAAUGUUAGAGGUCUUAAGAAAAUUAUCACAAAGAGACUCUCGAUUAUCACAAAAUGUUAUAUUUUUAUUCAACGGGGCUGAGGAGACUCCUAUGCAAGCCUCCCAUGGUUAUAUUGCACACCAUAAAUGGGCCAAUGAGUCAAAGGUCCUUGUAAACUUGGAAGCAUCAGGUGCGGGUGGAAGAUUGCAACUUUUCCAAACUGGACCCAAAAAACCAUGGCUAGUAAAAUACUACAGCCAAGUACCACACCCGUUUGGAAGUGUGACCGCUGAGGAAUUAUUUCAGAGUGGCUUGUUACCUUCUGACACAGAUUUUCGCGUUUUUAGGGAUUUUGGAGAGGUUGUUGGGGUUGAUAUGGCAUAUACUAGUGAUGGCUAUAGAUAUCAUACCAAAUAUGAUGGUUUUGACAAUAUUCCUUCUGGAUCAUAUCAGCAUGGUGGUGACAAUGUUUUAUCUUUGGUUAAAAGUUUAGCAGAUGCUCCUGAAAUGACAGAGAAUAUGACCUCAACGGAAGCUUCUGUGUAUUUCGAUGUUUUGGGUUGGUUCUUUAUACACUAUACGAAUACAACUGCUAUGAUUGUUAACUAUGUGGUUAUGGCGCUCUCUUUGGCGGUAUUCGUUUUUAGUCUGUUAGAUUUCAGAACUGGUACAUCGAAAUCCACCGCAAAAUUCAUUAUAUUUACACUCCUAGCUAUAGUAUUCAGCUGGAUUAUUGCAAGCACGUUCGUGAUUGCACUGGCAUUUUUACUAGAUGUUUUAAACAAAACAAUGUCCUGGUAUGGUCACUUAUGGUUUGCUUUUGGUUUAUACAUGGUACCAAUUGUAGGAUUGUCAGGAUGUCUAAUGGCAGCCACCAACCAUAAGUUUACUUUCUUCCAGAAUUUGUCGCUUGGAGUGAGAAGCCAACUUCAAGGGCAUCUGUUAAGGCUUAUUUGGACUCUGAUUCUCCUAGUAGGAACCCUUCUAGGGGUCAGAUCCAGCUAUGCUAUUAUGAUUUUAGUCCUAUUUAACUCUCUGGCCUUUGUUAUAAUUCACUUAUGCAGGAUUCAACAUACAGUUAGAACUUGGCAAGUAGUCUACGUAGCAGCCCAUAUAAUCCCUUGUACGUACACAUUUUAUAUGAUGUGGGGGAGUCUGGUGGCACUCACUCCGAUGACUGGUCGAUCUGGAGCAGACGCCAAUCCGGAAAUUUACAUUGCUGUGAUAUUUUUAUUUUUUAUACUAUUGGCCACCUCUGCUUUGACGGUUGUGUCUAACUUGUUGAGACACGCUAUAUGGUACUAUUUGGCUCUGCUGGCUGUAUUUUUGGUGAUUUUUGGCCUGCUGUUUACCCCUAUUGGAUUUCCAUAUGUAGGAAAUGAUGAGGCGCCACGUCCUCAAAGACACUGGAUUAUGCAUACACAGAGACAGUUUUUCGACGAAUCUUUCGCACAAACCGACUCAGAUUCGGGCAUUUUGAUGGUAAAUAUGGACAGGAAUUCACCAAGGGCCAUUAAACCCUAUGUAGCAGACAUAAAUAAUGCGAUUUCGUUAGCAUCGACCGGCAUUUGUGACAAAUACACUUUUUGCGCUCUACCCAUGACCCAUUCUAAAGUCUUGCAAAAAAUAGGUUACAGCACAUGGAUUCCUGUGGGAGCACCUAGUUUUCCCUCUAAUGAAACUCUUGGAUUAACGAUAGUUUCAAAAGAGAAAGUUUCAUCCACUUUGUUGAAAUAUACUUUGAAAGUUACAGGUCCUGACAAGCUGGUUUUUUACAUAACCCCCAAAACUAAUGUUACAUUUAUAAACACUUCUUUGAUAACUGUUGUCAAGCCGACUAUUUUUACUUUCCAGGGUCGUCCGGUAUAUGUAGUACUGUAUCAAUUAGGAAAAGGCGAUGGUACUCCAUUAACGUUUAAUUUAACCGUGCUACUGCCAGAAGGAUAUUCUGGCCCGACAAUGGACAUUGGGCUAUCUGGUAGAUAUGUGCACCAAAAUAGAAUAGAAAAAACUGAGAAAUAUUUGGAAUUUUUAAAGAAUUUCCCGAACUGGGCACAUCCUAUCGCUUGGUUAGCAUCAUACCACUCAUACGUCAUCUAAUCGUAAAAUUGUUGAUAUUAUUUCUUAACUUUUUAAUGGUUUUGGUUAUUUUUUAUUCUAUAUGAUUUUUAAAAAAUAAAGGAUUCUAUUGACGUUUA